AUGUGUCAGCGUGACAAUCUCAACUCUUCUCAAAUGGAAGCUGCACAAGUUGCAAAUCCCCAUUCUGCCUGGCAACCGUUGCAACCCACAAUCCACUUUCGAGAACAACUUUGUCGGGCCGAAGUUGAGGUGAACCUCGAAGGUUUUCAUGACGCCGAUCGGCCGGUUCACGAUCUGGACAGCCUUCUGGAAGUGAAUACACUUUCUCGCUUUCCUCCUCUCUCUGGCUCGCCAUAG